AUGUUCAGACCGACAUCAUCGUGUCUUUCUGCCUUAACCAAACGUACAAAGAGAGUACAGGUACAGUUAUUAAAAGAUUUUCCUCAGUUCCAAUUUCAUACCGGCGAGGUGGUAAAUGUCAAGCCCUCACUAAUGAGAAACUUCUUGCACAACUAUAAUGGAGCCCGCUACAUUCUAAAGGAAACUGAUAUUGACCAAGCCCUGUUGACCUCAGCUAAGAGAUCACGUGCAUCAGCAGCAGCUUUAUUAAAAACAACCGAAUCAACGGUGAAGAAGACUGAACAGAACGUAAAGAAGGCUAAGCAGGUAUCCAAGGAAGAAAAUAAGACACCAGAAACUCCUAAGUCAGCAUUAAACGAAGAAAUAACUAUCGAGAAUGUGAAGAUUCCAGGAUUAGACUUAUGA